AUGCCAUUUAAAAACACUGUUUCAAAGGGACUUUCCACGUGCAGCACGGAGAGCCUGGAUGUGGGAUCUUUCAAUAUCCUGGUUAACUUUGGUGUCGUGCUCACAUACCCCAUCCUGAUCUCCAUUGGCACAGUGCUCAGUGUCCCUGGAAAUGCAGGAACCACAGCUGCCGUGGAUCUGGUGAAACACAAAAUGAUCUUCAGCGUGGUGAGGUUGGGAGCCACCAUCAUCAUCUGCAUCGGGUUCCUGCUCAUGCUGCUCCCCGAGCAAUGGGAUGAGACAACCCUGAGAUUCAUCAACAGCCUGAAGGAGAGGAAGAGUGAGGAUCACACCGACGAGAUCACAGAGUCCAGUGUCCACACGAGGAGCAGGAGCAGAGCUAACGAGACAGUGUCUGUACCACUGGCUCAGGGCUGGGCCUAG